UGAAGUCAGUAACAUGGUGGCAGACGUCCCCUACCGUUUUAAUGUCAUCAACUGUGAGAAGAGCAACAGCCAGUUCAACUAUGGAAUGCAGCCUGUGCUGUACUCAGUAAGAGAAGCUCUGGAAGGUAGACCUCACUGGGUUAGGAGCGGAACUGAAAUUUGUUAUUUCAGAAAUCACUUUUGUCCAGCUCGGGGUAGAAGGAGAACAACCUUUUAUACUCUGACCUUUACCAUCUCCUUCAAACACAAUGAAGACGUCUGCUACCUGGCCUACCAUUAUCCCUACACAUACUCUGCCUAA